AUCAUCGCACCAGUCGAUGGUCCUUUUAACUGCAUUGUUGGGGGAAGAAGCGACGCCCCGCUCUGAGGAUCAAACAGCCCCCCUUCCCCUGUGAUCGGCACGACCCUCAGUUCUGUUUUCAUGGAAAUCAGACCCAGCCUCCGGACCGCACUUUCUGCAGACAUGCGAAGUUGAAGGCGCAUUCCCAGCCGGGACAACUGAACUCGCGAUGUUGGCGUCUCGGAGAAGCUGAUUAUUUCAUUCUGGCCCCCUUUCCCCUUUCCCCCAGCAAUCUGUUUUCCUCCUGAUUUCGUCUUGUUCGCUCCCGUUACUUUUUGACUUCACUCCAACAUGCUGCACCUGACGAGCCGCUUUGUUUUCUGCGCGCUCCUCGCCUCCGUUUACGCGUCGUGCCCUCCGCGCUGCGAGUGCUCGGAAGCGGCACAAACCGUCAAGUGCGUCUCCAAAGACCUGAGGAGUAUCCCGACCGGGAUCCCGGGAUACACCAGGAAUCUGUUUAUAACUGGGAAUCAGAUCAGCCGAAUCGGUCCGGAAUCUUUUAAAGGUCUGGAUAAUGUGACCAACCUCUCCCUGAGCAACAACAGAAUUUCAGAGAUGGAAUUCCACACCUUCUCCGGACUUCUCCGCCUUCGCUUUUUGGAUCUGAGCAACAACCAGCUGACCGUCAUUCACCCCGAAGCUUUCAGCAACAUCAGCCAGUCCCUGCGAGAGCUCAACCUCAGCCGAGCCCUCUACAACUACUCGUCGGUGAUGGACCUGGCCGCCUCCCUCCAGAGGAUCUCCAUGGCAAACCUGCAGGUCCUGGACUUGUCCGACAACAGCCUCAUCUACCUGCCCUCGCGCACCUUCUCCCGCAUGUAUGGCCUGCGGCGGCUCCAGCUCUCCAACAAUUCUCUGGUGGCCAUCCGCAGCCUCGCCCUUUCAGGUCUGGAGAACCUGGAGGAGCUUGACCUCACGCUCAACGCCCUCAAGACCUUCACUGAUGAAGGCUUGCAAGAGUUGGACUCCCUUCCCCAAGCCUCUCUGCUUCUGGAGAAGAACCCGUUCACGUGCACCUGCGGCAUUGAACCCUUUGCGCAAUGGCUCAACAGAUCCCAGAAUCGUGUCAGGGAUGCUGAGGGCCUCCUUUGCGCCUUCCCACCCAGCAUGAGGAACACAUCCAUCCUCGCAGUGGGCAUGCUGACUCUGGAAUGCCAGCAGAGGGACGUGGGGGCAGACCUCGCUUUGCAGACCUCUUAUGUCUUCUUGGGAAUCGUUCUGGGCUUCAUAGGCCUCAUUUUCCUCUUAGUACUUUACCUCAACCGCAAGGGAAUCAAGAAGCGUGUGUAUGACAUGCGGGACGCCUGCAGGGAGGUCUGGGAGGGCUACCACUACCGCUUCGAGAUAGACUCCGACCCCAGGUUAUCACAAGUCUCCACAAGCGCUGACGCAUGAGAGGACGAUCGCUGCGCUGCAUCCUCAAGAAACUCUUUCUCCUAAUUCGUUUAUCAGUUGCAGAAUGUAAAAAAUAUAUAUAUAUGUACAGACGUGCCUGUAAAUAUAUCUUAAAACAACAACACUUUGAUUGAAGCAUGCACUCAUCAGUCAAAUGGAGAUGUUUGACACUUUCAAGAAGCAAAAAGUAAGUGCCUGAAGUGAGUUCAGUAUUGUUUUUUUUUUUAUUUUUAUUUGUGAAUCAAACAGGUCUCCCGGAAAAAGAAGGGAAGGAGGAGGCGGGGAUAACAGAACUGCAAUAAAAUUCUGACACUAUGAAAACAAACCUUUGGGAAUUUAAAGCACAAUCACUCAUUCAUCUUUGAUCCCUUUCAAGCCCUUUGGUCCCUCCGGCCUCUUCCCCCAGGGUGCCAGAGAGGAAUUAAGCCACCAAAAGCUUUUUCUCCCCCCACCCCUCCCAAGCUCCUCUUAAAAUCACCACUCUGCUCCUCUUUGGCUGUUGGAUUAGAAGUGGAGAAGACAAUUCAGCACAGGCCAGUGGAAAUCUCCCUGCCCUUUCCCUCCCUCCUUCCCCCUUUCUCUUUUUCGUGAAACUUUGCUUUGUUUCAACUCCUUGAGUUUUAUUGUCAAAAUGAUGAGAACCAGCCCUGAGCUGAAGCCGCUGAAAGUAACCCCCCCCCACUCCUCUUUCUUCCCCUCCUCCUUAAAGACAACAGCCCUCGCUCUGGAGGCGCUUUGAAGGAAAAAAGACGAAGAAAAAAAAGGUCUGGCUUUCCACGUUUUUCUGUUUAAAGGGCUUUUCCUUCCUGCAAUGAUAAGAUACAGAUGAUUCUGAAACACCAGCCACAUUGUUUCAUUCACGAGGUCUUUUCAAGCGGCUUGGUGAAGACAGAACAAUAUGUGCUUUAUAGGAUUAGUUUAGAUUUCGUAAAAAGCGAGGUUCUAUGAAGUUGUUGUCAGUGACAGCGUUCUUACUUAUCACAGCAAAGAUUUCAUAUUGCAGCCAGUUUGGAGAGAAGAAACGAAAUCCUCAGAGCGGCAGAAUGCCAACAGCUGGUCAAAUGGAUCAACAAAGUCAGGGCUUCACAUGCUUCAAUGUGGGACCAUAAAGUAUUGUGUUUUGUUUCUUUUUGAAGCUGUGUUGCAAGUAGAGAGCAUCUUAACAACAGUAAGCAGCACUCAGAAAGAUUUUAUGAUCAUCAAGAAAAAAAUGAUCAUAAUAUGGUACAGCUAACAGGUUAUUUUAAAAAAUCCCAUAUUGUAUUACUUGAAUGCUAUUUAUUCAAAUAAUAAAUAAUAUCACUUGUGUGCGAUAUCACAUUCAAGUUGGAGCUCUGGCUGGGUCACUGCAAAACCUGUUUAUCACUUCUCUUCAGAAAAAAAACAUGUAGAUAAAAUUAAAAUAUUGUUUUAAGCCUGCAGUGUGCACAUUUUAAAAAAAUCUGUUUUUUUUAUACCUUUGUUAAAAGUGCAAGCAUGUUGUGUUUGUGUAAGAGGUAAUCUGAGAAAAGAUCGAUGUGACCCCUAUUGUUGUAUGAAGAAAUUUACCGCUCUAAGUCAAAAACAACCAAUCAGAGCUGGGACGCGGGUCUUAGCGCUGUCAAUCAUCCUCAUGUACUUGCUGCUCAAUGGGCUAAUGCCUUAGCAUUCUCUACAAGUUCUGCUAUCAGGAAGAAGCUGUAUCAUAGCAGAGAGAAAGGAAGGGAGGGGAUGCAGCGCUAAGACCCACCUCCUGACUCUGAUUGAUUGUUUCUAGUUAGCACUUGGAGAAGGAGGCAGAGAAGCUUAAUUUUUCAGUCUCAUAGCAUCCUGUAUAUGGUUUUAACAAGUACGUCAAAAAAUAUUUUUAUGAACGUUACAUACUGUACCGUUAAGCAUGUACCUUAUCCACCUUCACUGAUUUCACAACAAUCAUAACACAUGCAAAAACACAAACUAGGACUGCAACAUAUCAAUGGCAGUCUAUCAAACUUGCCUUUUGUCUUAUUGCAUGGACAAAUCAUAAUGAGAUUUAUUGGACAAGAUUUUGUGUACAAACCAUAAAUUUUGUGCUCACAGCAAACAGUAAGUAUGAAAAUUCAACGUACAUUUGAGUAAAGUCAGUCAGCCAUCUUGAAAUACUUUAUUUACAAUAUCCUGCCACAUAUAGUCUUUUUAUUGCAAUAAUGAUAACUUGUAUUUCCUUCAAUGGCUGCUUCAACAUUGACAACAUUGCUAAAUCUUUAACAUGGGCUAAAGAUGUUAGCUAACAUAGCUUUGUGUUCUACAGAUUCCUGGCUAGCUGUUAGCCCAUCUUAGUCUCCUGUGACUUUUACUCCCUUUUCUACUUGCUGCAAUAUGACAUUUUUCUGCUAUACAUAACUACAGGAACUUCCAGUAAAAAACACAUUUUAAAAACCUAAACCGGAGGAAUUUUCCCUGCUGCCAUUGCCUUUUACUACUCGAGUAAUGUCAACUGUGUGUAUCCUAUUUUUACUUGUAGAUCAGACUUUUCCAGUGGGAAAUCUAUGGAGAACACAACCUAAAGUCGGAAUUCCAAUGGGAACAGUCCAAGUUUAGCACUAAGGAUGGUUGCUGAGUAAGAAAAGAAAUGUCAUAAAUGUGGCAGAUAUGACCUUUUUGUGAAAACCUUUGGUGUUAGGAACUUCCUUAAACCAGUGAGGCUCAUAGCAUUGUACAUUAUUUAUUUGUAAACAUGCCAAUUUAAGAGCUUGAAUGGACAUUACUGUGUGUUAUCUUGUGUUUCUUAAAGUGCCAUGUCAUAGUGUCCUGUAUUGCCAUGUAUGUUAGCACAUUAAAAAACAGUGUUAGGCAGAUUUAAGCA